AUGAAAAACUUCCCCCACUACAAGGAACCAGACACUGCAAGUGUCGACAUACAAGCAUUGAUCAAUCGCUAUAUGACCGGACAACACAGCCAUGCCUCUUUUGAACACCUCAAGUUGGAAGGAGAGAAUGUCGGGGCAGCAAUGAUUGUACGACACCAUGGCACUUCUGAUGUGUCGCCGGAUGGUUGUAGUAUUAACAUAUAUGUUAACAACAACAUUCAAGGGGUGAACAACUCCAUCCUGGUCGGCAGCGAGCUCAAGAUGGGAGAACCUGGAGUUUGCUUAUCGCUGAAAGAUCUGAAGCUCCAUAGAGGAUUUUCGGGUGCAAAAAGAAGCAAAUCAGAGUUAGGGUUGUGGUUGAUGAUAUUAUUAUUGGCAUUUGUUGUUCUUCUAUUCUCAUUAUUAUCUGCCACUUGA